CCAUGAAGGGAAAACACCGCGAGGGAUGUCCAAUGUCCAUGAACUCCCCCUGAACCCCAUAUCCGUAUCCGUCUAGUCCUGGUUGACGGACAAGUUGGAAGAAGGUAAACACGAAAUCCAACCCAUUGAAACGCGAAGAAGAGAUGCCCACUCUAAUCUCUUUUCGAUGUGCUCUGCCUCCUUUGACCUCCCAAAUUAAUCGCAGAAAUUUGAGGCCCAGGAUCACCCUCCCCGCCUCCGCCUCCGCCUCCUCCUCCCCAGCUCCGGCGGGUGUUGACUUGAACCCUCUCGUGUCCGCCCUCUCCAAGAAAGACAGUGGAGCUGUGAAGGAGGCACUUGAUGAAUUGUGUGAAAUUGGCUGGGCCAGAAAAUGGAGUUCUCAGCCAUAUGUUUCUCGCCGCACAACGCCUGUUCGAGAGCUGGCAAUGCUUGGGAUAAAAAAUGCUGAAAAUCUCGGAAUCCCCAGUGUUCGAAAUGAUGCUGCAUUUCUCUUCACAGUAGUAGGAACUACAGGGUUUUUGGCUGUUCUUGCCGGUCAACUUCCCGGGGAUUGGGGAUUUUUUGUACCCUAUUUGGUUGGGAGCAUUUCCUUGAUAGUCUUGGCUGUGGGAAGUGUUUCCCCCGGCCUUCUCCAGGCGGCCAUUGAAGGAUUUUCUUCAUUUUUUCCCAACUACAAAGAGAGAAUCGCCAGUCAUGAAGCAGCUCACUUCUUAGUUGCUUACUUACUCGGCAUUCCCAUCCUCGGCUACUCCCUUGAUAUCGGGAAAGAACAUGUCAAUCUUAUUGAUGAGAGGCUGGAAAAACUGAUAUAUAGCGGGCAACUUGAUGGAAAGGAAUUAGAUAGGCUAGCAGUUGUAGCAAUGGCCGGGUUGGCAGCAGAAGGUCUUAAGUACGAUGAAGUGUUGGGUCAAUCAGCAGAUCUCUUCACUCUUCAGAGAUUUAUUAACAGGAGCAAACCAGCACUUGGCAGAGAACAACAGCAAAAUCUGACUAGAUGGGCUGUAACGAUUCUCUCGUGUUGCUUUGCAUUUUAGAGACUAGCUUGGUUUUGUAUAUCUUGUCCUGUUAGUUCGAAGGUGUUUUUUUAAUGGUUGAUUUGUGGAAGGAUAUAAUCUGUUGCAGGUUCUGUUUGCUGGCUCAAUGAUUAAGAAUAACAGAGCACUCCAUGAAGCCCUGAUUGCAGCCAUGUCCAAGAAGGCUUCUGUUAUAGAAUGCAUAGAAGCAAUUGAGGCUGCUGCUGCUGCUUGAGUAGGCCUGUAAAUGAGCUGGGUUUUUUUUUUACCAAGUUUUGACCCGGGAUAGUUCGGAGUUAUAUAUUUUGCACAUAUGGGUAUCGAAACAUAUUAUUUGGAUUUGGUUAACGUUUAUACAUUGACUUGCUCUAUCCAGAUAUCAUAUGGUUAGAAACCAAUGUCAUGGAAAAGUAUUCGAAUAAUCAACUAUUCUUGUG